AUGUUCCCAUACAUAUUAUCAAUUUUGUUAAUGUUUACAAUUUCAAAAUUAUCAACAGCACAAUUUAUUGCACCAUAUGGUGCAUUUGGUACGUUUCCAACGCCUGGCUUAAUGAAUCCAUAUUUGGGCCCAUUUGGCGGCUUUGGCAUGGCAUUAGGUAAUGAUCCAAUGCUAAUGUCCAAUAUGGGAAUGAAUUUGUUUGGUAAUCCAUAUUCGAUGAAUCCUUAUGCACCACCAUUUGGUUUUACAAAUAAUGGUAACUCAUUCGCUGGUUAUGGUAUGCAAAAAUAUGGAUCACCCAUGUAUUCAAGAAAACGAUUUAUUCCAGGUUUUGGUUGUUUGAAUCGAUCUGCUUGUGGUAUUGGUUUUCACAAGAAGGAAUAG